CGGUUCUUCCUCAUAGCUUUGCAAGUAAACAAAUGGAAACGUAGUUUUUCCGUCUAUUUUUGUGAAAAUUUUCUGCAAACGGUACCAAAUUGUGCGUGUGCAUGCAUUUUCCUGCGUUCGAAGUGCAGUUCAAUUGAAUACCAUUGAAAACGGUAGCCGUUUCGAACCGGUCGAAGUUUCUUCGAGCGAAUCAUCUUUUUUCCAAUUUGCUUGAAUCGAAGGAAAGUCAUUUCGCAAAAGUGCAAUUUACUCCAUUCAUUAGCCUUAUAUAGGGCAAGCUCCCCUCUUUGGGCAGAUGUUGUUACUGGCUGCAGCUGGCCCCGUUAUUGGUGCUGGUAGUCUGUGAAGUGCUGCGCACUCCGUGCGUAUCUGAAAGCUGGGACAGUUUCGAUUCGGAUCUGUCUGCACCGGUUAUUAGCUAUCUUACGUGUGUGCGAGUACAAACAGUGGUACGUUAGCUAUCCAAAUCGGAUCCAUCGGCAAUUAUGUUGACGCAUAAAAACAACCAGGGCGGCCGGAAGAAGAUGCAGGUAUCGUUUGUCAUUCGCGAUGCGGAAGAGAAACGACACCGCAACGGGGUAAAUGCUCUCCAGCUGGAUCCGGUCAAUGGUCGGCUCUACUCGGCCGGUCGCGAUGCCAUCAUUCGUGUGUGGAACUCGACCCAACCGAACUCACAGGAACCGUACAUUCAAAGUAUGGAACAUCACAACGAUUGGGUGAAUGACAUUGUCCUGUGUUGUGGCGGACGGAAUUUAAUUAGUGCCAGUUGUGACACUACAGUCAAAGUUUGGAACGCCCACAAAGGAUUCUGCAUGUCGACGCUGCGAACUCAUCGGGAUUACGUACAGGCUUUGGCAUAUGCAAAGGAUCGCGAGCAGGUUGCCAGCGCCGGACUGGACAAAGCGAUCUUUCUGUGGGAUGUAAAUACGUUGACGGCACUGACGGCUUCCAACAAUACCGUUACGACAUCGAGCAUAACCGGAUCAAAAGAUUCGAUCUACAGCCUGGCAAUGAACCCUUCCGGAACGAUCAUUGUAAGUGGUUCCACCGAGAAUACACUCCGCAUAUGGGACCCUCGAACGUGCAAUAAAAUUGCGAAACUGAAAGGACACACCGAAAACGUAAAGGCGCUGGUGGUCUCCGAAGACGGUACGCAGGUCGUAUCGGGCAGCUCUGAUGGAAAGAUUAAGCUGUGGAGCAUAGGCCAGCAGCGCUGCAUCCAGACAAUCAGUGUCCACUCGGAAGGCGUUUGGGCACUGCUCAUGACGGACAACUUUUCGCAUGUGAUCUCCGGUAGCAGGGAUAAAAAGAUUAUCAUGACGGAGCUGCGCAAUGCAACGAAUAGUGUACUUAUCUGCGAGGAACGGGCACCGGUACUGAGUCUAUGUUACAACAUUGAUCAAACCGGCGUUUGGGCGACGACCUGGAAUAGCGACGUUCGCUGUUGGAAGCUUAACAAGACGGAAAAGUUAAGCAACUACAACUACAGCAGCAACACUAGCAUCAAUAGCAGCAGUGGAGGAAUCGUUGAUGGGGUUCCGACAACGAAUUCAACGGCUGCAGUUGGAUCAACGAAUGCUGCUGGUGCAACCGGUAGUUGCCAGGGCAAGGGAUAUGAAGUGGCUUGCAUCAAGGGAGGGGCGGCAAUCAAAAAGUACCACGUGUUAAACGAUAAGAGGUUUAUGCUGACAAAAGACAGCGAACAGAACGUGGCAAUAUAUGACGUGUUGAAAGUGAAGAAAGUGGAGGAUUUGGGAAAAGUUGACUACGAAGAGGAAGUUAAAAAGCGCAGUCAAAGGGUUUAUGUUCCGAACUGGUUCACGGUGGAUUUAAAAACAGGGAUGCCAACUAUAGUCCUAGGUCAGGAUGAGGUGGAUUGUUUUGCGGCGUGGGUCUCCGCCGAGGCUGGUCUAUCGGAACACGCCGAAUCGGGUACGGAUCCAAAAGUAAACUACGGUAGCCUUUUGCUACAGGCCUUGUUGGAAUAUUGGAAACCUCCUCCACCUCAUCAUCACCUGCAGGGAGGACCCGAUAUGGAAAACGGUUGUGAUGGAGACAUUCGUGGAAACGAGUACUUUAUUGUACCGAAACACACUCCGAUUAUUUUCAGCGAAGUUGGCGGUCGAAACGUUUGUCGACUGUUGGUGAAAGAUGCCGCCGGAGAGACAGAAAGUGCUCUGCUUAGCGAAACGGUUCCGUCCUGGGUGACCAAUGUUGUAAUCGAGCGAACGAUUCCCAAGUUCAUCAAGCUUCCCUUCUACCUGUUGGCACAUCCUUCGAUGCUGAAGCAGGAUCGCAGUAAAAAGCUUGAUCUAAUCAACCAGGAACGGCUAAUCGCCAACGAGUUCAUCCAGUGUCGGAAAGUGUGCGAGCAUGUGCUGGAAAAAGUGCUAGGCACCGAGCUACCGCCCAGUACCGGUAACUCCAACUCAUCCCAGAACAACAGCCAAAGCGAUGCCAACUCCGAGGGCAGCCAGGUACCAGCUGAGGAGCGGAUUGAGCUGCUGUGUAACGAUGUGGUCUGCGAUCCCAACAUGGACCUUCGAACGGUGCGGCAUUUCAUCUGGAAGCAAUCGUCGGACCUCACCUUUCACUACCGAACCAAGUCAAAUUAGAUUUACGGCAGGAGUUUCCGUUGUGCUCUGGCAGUCUUGAAAUGCACGUUACGUUAUGAUUUCCAACUUUUUCCUUAUUAGUACUCUACUGAGCGAAUGUUUUUAUGAGGAUAAGAAUAGUGCGAGCCAUGUCAGCUUGACAUGGUAUGUGUAGAAUUGUUACUGCAUUUUUUUUCUGAGGUAUGGACGAGCACGAGAAUGCCAGCGAGUGAGCGCUUCUAGUUAGGUUAUAGAAAUGUUACUAUAUUUUUAUUAAAUUAUUUAUACUCUCAAAAAAUUUUAACAGAGUAGCAAUAUCUCUUCGCUCGAUCAAUUCAGUUAGUUGUGCAUCCUUGUUUAGUACGCAUUUACUUUCGCAACUGAUUCCAAUGCAAAUUAUGAGUUUUGUUCGGCUCCGUUUUUUUGCAUAAUUGCAUGAGCAUUGAGGGUUUUACUGCAGUACGGCCAGUAUUCAGAUUGGCGUCGACAAAGUGACGGUUGAGAUUGUUUGCGAGAGAAUUUUUGUUAUAGGUUUGAACAUUGCCAAUCUAUUUAGAGAAGAAACGAACUAACGAAAAAAAUUAGGGAGUGUAAGAAAAGCCAACAAACAGCUAGAUUAGAGUUUGUGUAGGACAGAGCAAAGCGUCUGCUAUCUGUCGCUAAAAUUACUCUAUCAUAUAUACCUACAUAUAAAUAUUAACAGCAGCAAAGAAACUACUAUGAAUAUUAAGGAAGCAGGAAGUGAAACGAAGAAUGUAAUUUUCGAUUUUGAUCACACUGGUAGGUAGUGUCAGCAAAUGAAAAGAAAAGUAUAAAUAUAUCUUUAAAAGCA